AGGUGUAAAAAAAAAACCAACAUAACUUUUCUUUUAGGAAAAAGGAAACAGUUGCAUACACUUUAAUACAUGACAGUAUGCCCAACACUACACCGCCAUCUGGGGCUUCAAUAGAUAAUACACGCAUGACCCGCACAGCAUCUGGUGUUAAACUUGCUUAUUUGGCAUCCACCCAACAACCUCAACUCUCACCACAGCAGCAGCAACCACAGCAACAAGCAACCACCACCAUAACUGUAAAUGGAGUUGAUAGCAAUGCACUUGCUACUUCCAAUAAUACAAUUAAUAGAUCCUUAGCUCGUGAAAGACCUUUUGCUCGUGAAGAACAUAAUACAGCCAGUCCAAAUAGUAGACCUCCAUCUACACGCUCAGCUACUUCGUUUGGAAGACAAAUGAAUAGGUUCAUACCUGGUCAUCAUACACGUCAUCACUCCAACUAUUCCAACUUUAGUACAAUGAGUGAAAGUGCUUUGCCAUGGACAACUCGGGAUAUUGGGUUCAAUGCUAUUUCAGGUGUAUUAAACGAUCCAUCAAGACGGUCGCAAGAUAUCAGUAAACCUAAUAAAUCAGACAUACCUCCAGUGACACAUGCCUCUAUACCUCGUAUAAAGGCUAACGACUUUGAACUCUACUUGAAGCAUAUCGGGCCAGCCUUCGAAAGAUACCAAGCGAAUAAAGCCAAUAAAGAACAUGAGGAGCCAACCCACGAGCAGCCAUCGCCGAUAGAGGAGGAAGGAUCACCUAAUAGCAGACCGGGACAAUUAAAUAAACGUAUGAGUCGAAAUCCUUACAGUUUACCUCAGCAUAUAUUAUCAAGCGAAAGCUUAUUAGACGAGGAUUCAACCAAAACACCUCCACGUGAUUUACCCAUGUUAGAAAAUGUUCCUUCCGUCUUUUUCGAGCCUGAUUUUUUCCUGGAAAAUCCACAAAUAUUUGAUACCGUUUGUGAAGGAGCUGAUAUAGUUGGAAAUAGUGGGCCCAAUCCACCCGUCUCAACUAAUUCGAUUUUGCAAGAAAAGUUAUCUUAUUAUUUAGACACUGUGGAAGUGCAUUUAUUGCGGGAAAUUGAAAAUAGAUCCUCAUCCUUUUUUGAAGCACUCAGUAAUCUUCAAGCGCUCCAUCAACAAACAUUGGAUUGUGUCACACAAAUUCAUACGAUUCGGCAGAAAAUGAAACAGAUUCAAGAAACCGAGUGUAAGGAUGGCUUAGAGGUGAUUCGAAUCCAAGUUCGAAAAAGAAAUUUAGAAAAAUUACAUAGAGUCACGGAGAUUGUAAAGGAUAUUCGAUCAGCACAACCCACAAUACAGAUCUUACUCGGCCAAGGGGACUAUUUUGCCGCAUUGGAUUUGAUAGAUGAUACGAGGGAUGUGCUGGAUGGUAAAAAGGGACACCAAUUGACGAAUGGCGAAGAGGAGCAUCAUGAAGCUCCUAUUGAUUUGAGCUCUGUAAAGGCUCUAGCAAAUUUCUCGGCGCAAUUAGAGGAAAUGCACAAGUCUGUGGGAGUGAUGAUGCAACACGAUUUUCUUAGUAUUUUGUUAUCCGACCUAUCCUACAGGCUCGAAAGCCUUGAUUCUACUGCAGCAAAAGAAGCAUUACUAAAAUUGGCAGAGAGUACCAACAAUGAUACAGAAGAUAAGAAGGCCGGCUUACCAACAAAUGAUGGAUGGGAUAAUAUAGAUUUGGAAAAAGAGAAGGAUUUACAAGAGAGAAUGACGCCAUGUACUGUAGGACUAUUAAGAACUGCAAUGCUACCUACAACACUUCAGGGCUACCGAGAGAGACUGAUGGUAGAGAUUAAAGAUAUUGUCCGAAAAAGAUAUCCUACCACAACAACCAACUCGCCAUCAACACCCUCUGCUGAAGAUCAAAGCGGUAAUCUUGCAAAACAGCUAAAGUCGAUGCCAUUCUCUGCAUUUUUCCAAAUGCUUCUCGAUAUGUUUUCUACGCUGAUCGAAGCCAUCCAACGAGCCUCUGUUUAUCACCAAUUAUUAAUCGCCGUUGUCGAAUCACAAAAACCCGAAUCUGAAUUUUUGACAAAUUUAGGCAAGGAAUCCGCAGAUAUUGUAUUUUCUGCAGCAGAUUUGGCUCAUGUUCGGUGUGGGAAAUUGAUUGGGUUUCGUAGCGAUCAAAAUGCAUUGUUAAACCCUACGGAUUUUUAUAGACUGUCCAGCGUAGUCCGUACAUUCAUCUUACAAUGCGAGGUAUUCUGUGGCCGUACUUGCUUUGGCUUACGUGGUACCGUCACCUCCCAGCAAAAAGCAUUCGUUGAUCACUUUCACAUGGAACGCGUGAAACAAGAAGCACAACUGAUUGAAAACGAACAAUGGGCUGCUAGUGAGGUACCGUCGGAUUUCCAGUUGAUUGUGGAUAGAAUCUGUGAUGGACGGAUUUCUUGCUUUGUUGAUGGCACCCUUCAGCAACAGCAACAACAAUAUGACGGUGAAAAAUCUAUCAAGCACCUGGUGAUUGAUGGUCAGAGCUAUUACGUGGUUGGAUGUACUCUAUUGAUUUUGAAGAUGUUUGAAGAUUACCUAAAGUGCGUUUUAAACUUGGAUAACAUGGCAUCUGAAAUCAUGCAAAAGCUGGUUGAACUGUUAAAGCUUUUUAAUUCUCGAGUAUGUCAAGUUAUUCUAGGCGCUGGAGCGAUGCGCUCGGCUGGUUUGAAGAAUAUCACCGCAAAGCACUUGGCAUUGGCCUCUCAAUCCUUAGGCGUAAUGAUUGCACUGAUACCAAAAUUGAAAGAAUGUAUUGCUCGCCAGAUGCCUACCAAACAAACAAGCUUGCUUGUCGAAUUCGAUAAAAUUGUAAAGGAUUACACUAAUCAUCAAGGUGAGAUUCAUGCCAAACUUAUUGCUAUUAUGAAUGAAAGGUUUGCCGCUCAUGUUAAGGCCAUGCAAUCGAUAAAGUGGGACGAAGAUGAGCCUCAGACUGGUAAGAACGCCAACGUAUACAUGGAAACCUUGGUCACCGAAACGGUUCGGUUACACAAAGUUCUUGCAAAGUACCUCCCUGUUCAUGAUUUAAAGGUUAUCAUGUCCAAAGUGUUUCAAUCGUUCACUUCACAGCUAUCAGAAGAAAUCAGCAAAACUCCUGUCAAAACUGAAAGAGGCAAAAGCCGGUUGGCGAGAGACGCGGCCUAUUUCACUCGACGCUUAAAGGCUUUACAACAUGUUGAUCCGCCUUCUGAUUCAGUCAUGGAAGCAGUUGACCAUAUCAAAAUUGAAUCUGGACAUACUGUUCAAGCUGACGUGUCACCUACUAGUUCAAGUUCAUUACCCCAAAACUCAGCACAAACUUCAUAACACUCGAUAAUAAUAUUCCCAUCUUUCUCAUUUUAAAUACUGUUUUUAUACUUGGAAAUUCAGACGAUCUUCGUAUUAUUUUGGACGCAUCAAAAUUAAUUUUCGAGAUGUCUGACGAAACAAGAAUGGAAAAUACACAAGUUCAAAAUACAGUUUAGACAUUUUGCUAGUUUCUUUUGGAUGCCGAGUUAUAAUAAUUUGAGUUAAAUGCUGAAGUAUCUUCUAAAUGAUAAGUCAGGUUUCAAUAUAACAUUAGAAGUAAAGCAACAAAAUGCUUAAUUACUAGUGUAUAGAGAAGUAAACAUUGCAGGUUUUUAAAAUGUGUAUUUAACAGCAUGUGAGGAAUAGUGACUAUGAA